UGCCACGGACGAGGGCUUGUCAGGGCGCGUCAUUGUGCACUACGUCACAGCUGUUAUGGGUUACUAGGAGGGGAGGGGAGACUGGCACUGGAGUAACUGAAGAUACUCGUAUCUAACCGUGGAACAGAUAAGUGGCAAACUGUAAAUUCAACGCUUCUUGCACCUGAGACAUUAAUUCACCAACAUAGCCUGUGAGUGUGGCCCGCGCUGCCCUCAUGAUUCUGGAUGAGACUCCGCUCUUUGACCCCGCCCUCCUGAAGGAGCUGGACUGGAGUGAGAACAUGGUGCAGUUCAGCCCCCCCAUCUCCCCAUCACAGCCUGGGGAGGGGCUCCUGCUGAGACCCCUCUGCACUGCAGACCUCAACAAAGGUUUCUUCAAAGUCCUGUCUCAGCUCACUAAGGCUGGAGAUGUGACUCCUGAACUGUUCAUAAAGAAAUUCGACCACAUGAAGCGGACGGGGGAUUAUUACGUCACUGUGGUGGAGGACACAAACCUGGGGAAGAUUGUCGCCACGGCAACGCUCCUCCUAGAGCACAAGUUCAUUCACUCCUGUGCCACGAGAGGGAGGAUAGAGGAGGUUGUUGUGAGCGAUGAAUGCCGAGGGAAGCAGCUGGGCAAACUGUUAGUGUCAGCAAUGACACUUCUUAGCAAGAAACUGAACUGUUACAAAAUCACAUUGGAGUGUCUACCCAAGAAUGUGGCUUUCUAUAAGAAAUUUGGCUACAGUUCGUCGGCAGAAACCUACAUGCAGCACAGGUUCUUCGACUGAAAUUAACUCUUAAUCUUUUACCCCUCUCCUCCCACCUCCCUCAGAUGAAACCCUGGAACGUGAAUGGCCACACACACACACACACACACACACACACACACACACACACACACACACACACACACCAGAUCCUUGAAGUUCUGACCUUUCGUUGGGAUUUUGGAGACCAUUCUCAAUGGUAAACCUAAAAAGCAACAUGCAGAUCAAUGAGUUCAGUUCUUUUCUUGUGCUCUGCAAGAGUAAACUGCUGAACACACCACAGUUUUAAACAAACAGAACUAGCAGCAGCAGCAGCCCUGGAGCUGCAACACUGACCCAUAUAAAAGCAGGGAAACCCUGGGGGCCGAUAACUUGGUAUUAUUUCAGAGUACAACUUCAUCAUGUAACCAAAGGCAUUGCAAUGGGGGGUAUAGAUAUAUUAUACAAGCUGCUGCUCAAGGUAUGAAGGCCCACUUAAUGCAUUACGAAAUAGACAUUUUAACUGAAGGACUGCCUUGAUUUGAUUUAACAGUAGCUAUGCACAGGGAUUUGUAAUACCUCAUUAUUUAUGAAGUGCUUUUCAUUUAGAGUCCAAGCAAACAGUUGGGUUAAGACAACUCUAUACUGGGGACAACUAGAACUACAUAGGAUAAUCAAAGCUAUCUAAUUACAGGAAAGAGUUAUUUGAGUUUUAAUGUAUAACAUGUAAAUUAGACAAAACUAGACCCAUUUACAGUCUGUCUUCCUCAUGGACUGGAAGUCACUGGUCUGCUAGGAUACAAUGUAACGCCUCCAGUGAAUCAAUCUGUAUGCUGCAGAGACCCCUUUCACAGAGAAAGGGCCUGUAAGGUGCUUCCAGUGAGUUCUGGAUAAUUGAUGAAAAGGCAUUUUCAUUCUCAGAUCAUCCUCAAAGUUAUUUUUAUCUUACAGUAAAGGUAAAUUGGAAGAGUGGCUGUGAUGUUUCAGUACUUGUGUUUUUAAAAGUGUAUUUUUCUACUUUCUAAAUGUUAAAAAUGUGCUGAAAAAAAAAUAGCUCUGUGCCCUUGUAGGAAUAAUCUUAUAGAUCCCACCAAUACGCGAUACUACCUGCUUCAUCCUGCAGUGAGAAGCAUGUCAUUCUGUCAUAGGCCAACCAACCUUUCCUAAAAAAUCAAUCCUGAAAUUCACAAAUCUUUGCAGUUGUGCAAUUAAACAAUUGGUACAUUGAAAAACGUGUUUCCUUAGCAUCCUGAUAAGAUGUGCAGGAAUACAGCACAUCCACUUUGUACACUCAACUGGAUCAGGACAAAAUGGGAUGACAGUAUAUUAUUGUACAAAGGUAAUCACUGUCUAUGGAAAACAAAACCCAGAGAGAUGGGUUUAUGGAAGACAUUGUGGUGAGCAAGAAGAAACUAAAAAUCGAUUGGAAUGCAGGUUCCAUGAUUCUAACUUGUUACUGCUGUAAAGUUUUGUUUUUUCCCCCUAAAUAAUUUUAAUUUUUUUUUUACAAAGUUGUCAAACAACGCAUGUAUAAUAUUUAUAUUGUGUAGGAAUUUAGCAGCUUCAUCAUUUUUUAGUAUAUCUUUUGGUCAUACUACAGCAUUGGCCUGACACUAUUCUCUUACAUACAAUCUGCGUGAAAAGAAAUGGUGGGGUUAAUCAAAAAAGAAAUAAAUAAAAUAUUAUUAUUUAUUUGCAAUGUAAACAGAUUUUGU